GCGAUGACUGAGCGCGCCCUGGGCACAUCUACCGAGUCGACUACAGGAGGCUGAAUGAUGGCCGAGGAUGGGGGACAUCUCUCCGGGGAGCCCGGCGCCGCGGACGCGGAGAGGCGCUCCUCUCUCCCCAGGACAUUCAUACGGCUCAACGACCUGUCCGGAGGAGGCGCGGAGCGCGGCGAGGCGGAGCCCGCGGCUCCCACACCUGACGGAGCCUCCGCUGCGGAUGGCGAGGAGGCGUCGGCGAGCGGCGAGGAGACCCUGCCCUACCCCACCCUGGCGCCCGUGGUGUUUUUCUACCUGAAGCAGACCACCCGGCCCCGGAGCUGGUGUCUCAGGAUGGUCUGCAACCCAUAUCCUUUGCCUACAGCGAGUAAGCUUGUUGUUUUAUUGGAAUUGAUAUAUCUGGGCCAUCCCUGUGAUGAUGUGGAUUGUAGUACACACCGGUGUAGGAAUCUUCAGGACUUUGAUGACUUCAUCUUUGCAUUUUUUGCCAUUGAGAUGGUGAUCAAGAUGGUGGCUUUAGGCAUCUUUGGGAAGAAGUGUUACCUAGGAGACACGUGGAACCGCUUGGACUUCUUUAUAGUCGUGGCUGGGAUGCUGGAGUACUCUCUCAACCUGCAGAACGUCAGCUUCUCGGCUGUGAGGACUGUGCGCGUCUUGAGACCACUGAGGGCCAUCAACAGAGUACCAAGUAUGCGUAUCCUUGUGACCCUGCUCCUUGACACCCUGCCCAUGCUGGGCAAUGUGCUGCUGCUUUGCUUCUUCGUCUUCUUCAUAUUUGGUAUCGUGGGUGUCCAGCUGUGGGCCGGCCUGCUCAGAAACCGCUGUUUUCUGGAAGACAACUUCUCCUUCCCUCUCUCUGUAGAGCUCGGCAAAUACUACCACACAGAGAACGACGAUGAGAACCCCUUCAUCUGCUCCCAGCCCAGGGACAACGGCAUGAGGGAGUGCAGCUCAGUGCCCUUCCUGUACGAGGAGGGAGGUUUGCAGUGCAAACUCGACAUGGAGUCCUACAACAGCACGGACAACACCACCUGUGUCAACUGGAACAAGUACUACACCAACUGCUCCGCUGGCAACUUCAAUCCCUUCAAAGGAGCCAUUAAUUUUGACAAUAUCUGCUAUGCCUGGAUCGCCAUCUUUCAGGUGAUCACCCUUGAGGGCUGGGUGGACAUCAUGUACUUUGUGAUGGAUGCUCACUCCUUCUACAACUUCAUCUAUUUUAUCCUGCUCAUCAUUAUUGGCUCCUUCUUCAUGAUCAACCUGUGCCUGGUAGUCAUUGCCACCCAGUUCUCAGAGACCAAACAAAGGGAGAGUCAGCUGAUGAAAGAGCAGCGCAUCCGUUUCCUCUCCAAUGCCAGCACCUUGGCCUCCUUCUCUGAACCUGGUUCUUGCUAUGAUGAGCUGCUCAAGUACCUGGUCCACAUCAUCCGCAAGGGGGCCAAACAGGUGGCCCAUCUGUGCAGGGUGGUGGCUCGCCGUGCCGGGCUCAACAUUGCCGCCUCCCCCCCUGCCCUGGAGCCUCAGCGCAGCCAGAGCCAGAGAAGGAGGAGGAAGGCUUCGAGACAAGGAUCUGUGUCUGUUCAUCACCUGGUGCACCAUCACCAUCACCACCACCAUCAUUACCACCUGGGCAACGGCAGUGUACGAGGAGGAGGAGGGAGCAUCAGAGGUCUGGAGGGGGUGGGGAGCACGGUGAAAGAUGUGGAGGCCGGUUCCCAUAACAACAACGGAGGGGCUGCCAUAGUAGCCACAUGUUCUGGGCGACUUACACUGGCCCUUCCUUCCACUGUGACAGCGACCACCUCGGACAUGAACCUUGCCAUCUCCUCCAACCCCCUGGGGAGAACUGCCGAUUUGUCUUCGGUGCCCAGUGUGUACCAUGCAGACUGCCAUUUAGAAACUGUACAGUGUAUCCCCUCACCCACCGUCCUGGGGCCGGCUCCGAGCCCCAUCUCCCUGGCCCCAGCUCCAAUGUCAAGGGCCAUGAAGAGGAACUCUGUGCCCUUUGCUGCUCCAGGGCCUAAAAACUACCCCACCCUGCAGGCUAGAGCCCUAGCUGAGUCCAGAGGAGGGAGUGUUGGAGCCAGCACUCUAACAAACCUUAAUUUCAGCCUAAAUAUCCCACCAACACCCCUGGAAAGGCAGCCCCAAAGCCUGGUGGAUACACCAUACACACCCACAGCCCAGUUCUCCUGCCAGCUGUCAGCACGUGAGCUCAGCGCCACCAGCAGCCCGAUGGAUACGGCCGCCUUCACCUUUGAGCCAGAGACCUGCUCCUACUGUGCCAAGGCCCUUGCCAACGAAUCGGAGGGCGGCACAGAGGGCAACGAGACCCCCGGUGACUCGGACAGCGAGGGCGUGUACGAGUUCACGCAGGACCUGCAUCACAGGGACCGGCGAGACAGCCGGCUGCCCAAGAAAAAGCGGCGACGGCUGGGCAACACGGCGGCCAAGGUGGUGCACUUCUGGAGGCUGGUGUGCGACACCUUCCGGAAGAUCGUGGACAGCAAAUACUUUGGCCGAGGGAUCAUGAUCGCCAUUCUGAUCAAUACUUUGAGCAUGGGGAUCGAGUAUCACGAGCAGCCUGAUGAGCUGACCAACGCGUUGGAGAUCAGCAAUAUUGUGUUCACCAGUCUGUUUGCCCUGGAGAUGUUGUUGAAGGUGCUCGUCUAUGGGCCGUUUGGGUACAUUAAGAACCCCUACAACAUAUUUGACGGGAUAAUUGUAGUCAUCAGUGUGUGGGAGAUUGUGGGCCAGCAGGGCGGGGGUCUGUCCGUGCUGAGGACUUUCCGGUUGAUGCGGGUGCUGAAGCUGGUCCGCUUCAUGCCCGCCCUCCAGAGACAGUUGGUGGUGCUGAUGAAGACCAUGGACAAUGUGGCCACCUUCUGCAUGCUCCUCAUGCUUUUCAUCUUCAUCUUCAGCAUCCUGGGAAUGCAUCUGUUUGGCUGUAAGUUCGGGUCCGAGAGAGAUGGAGACACUCUGCCCGACCGCAAGAACUUUGACUCCCUCCUCUGGGCCAUAGUCACGGUUUUCCAGAUCCUGACCCAGGAGGACUGGAACAAGGUCCUCUACAAUGGCAUGGCCUCCACCUCUCCCGUGGCUGCCCUCUACUUCAUCGCCCUGAUGACGUUCGGCAACUAUGUCCUCUUCAACCUGCUGGUGGCCAUUUUGGUUGAGGGUUUUCAGACGGAGGGUGAUGCUUCUAAAUCGGGUUCAGAGAUAGAUUCCUUCGCUCGCAGCAUGGAGGAUGUGAACGGCAGCAAGAAGGAUUUAUCAGCCUCCGCAGUAGUGCCGAUAAAUGGACACGUGGACCUGAAGAGCAGCCUGACCCCUCCUCUGAUCACCCACACGGCCGCCACCCCCAUGCCCGUGCCUAAGCUACCUGUCGGAGGUGACCCCGUCCUGGGCUACGAGUCCCGAAGAGGCAGCAGUGUCUCCAUCGACCCGGCCUGCCAUGACAAGUCACCGGUUAGUGCCCCGUGGACUUCCGGCAGUGGCCGGACCAGCCGCCGGUCCAGCUGGAACAGCCUGGGCCGUGUCCCCUCCGUCAAACGCCAGAAGCACCAGUCUGGAGAGCGGCGCUCGCUCCUCUCUGGGGAAGGUGACUCCAGCUCUGAGGAAGGCGAGGGUGGCGGGGAAGGGCUAAUGGACGGGGACGACGCCUCCCUGGCCAGGACGGACUCCAUGUCGCAGUCCCACUCGGGUCCCAGACACCGGAGAAUGGAGUCCGUGGACACGCGGAGCUCCAUGGACCUGCCCCCUGACACGCUGUUGCAGGUCCCCUACCUGUACCGCUCAGCCAGCAUGCACAGCUCCAGGCCCCCCUCGCUAGGCUACCUGCGGCCCCCGGGGCACGUCGACUGUAACGGCAAGGGCUCCCCGUCAGCACUGGGCCCCACACAGCUGUCUCUGGAAGACAACACCGAGGAAGACAACGCAGAGGAGGAAGCCAACCUGAGUCGUUUUGCUAGAUUAUUUCGCUGGCUGGAGAAGAAACAACCAGAGUGGUGCCGACAGAGGGAUACCUGGUCCCUCUAUCUCUUCCCUCCCGAGUCUAGGUUUCGGAUCGUGUGCAAUAAAAUCAUCACACAUAAGAUGUUUGACCACGUGGUGUUGGUCAUCAUCUUCCUCAACUGCAUCACCAUUGCCAUGGAGAGACCUCGCAUUGAUCCCAACAGCGCUGAGCGGAUCUUCCUCACGUUGUCUAACUACAUCUUCACGGCGAUCUUUGUGACUGAGAUGGCUGUCAAGAUCGCGGCUAAGGGCUGGUGUUUCGGGGACAAGGCGUACCUGAGGAGCAGCUGGAAUAUUCUGGACGGCAUGCUGGUGCUCAUCUCUGUCAUUGACAUCCUGGUGUCUCUUAUCUCCAACUCCGGUACCAAGAUACUGGGCAUGCUCAGAGUGCUGAGGCUGCUGAGGACCCUCAGGCCUCUACGUGUGAUCAGCAGAGCCCCGGGACUGAAGCUGGUGGUGGAGACUCUGAUGUCCUCUCUGAAGCCCAUCGGCAACAUUGUGGUCAUCUGCUGCGCCUUCUUCAUUAUCUUUGGCAUCCUCGGAGUGCAGCUGUUCAAAGGGAAGUUCUUUAUUUGUCAAGGAGAGGAUGUGAGGAACAUCACCAACAAGUCUGACUGCGAUCAAGCCAAUUACAAAUGGGUCAGACACAAGUACAACUUUGACAACUUGGGGCAGGCCUUGAUGUCUCUCUUUGUUCUGGCGUCAAAAGAUGGCUGGGUGGAUAUUAUGUACGAUGGACUGGACGCUGUAGGAGUUGACCAACAGCCGGUAAUGAACUACAACCCAUGGAUGCUGCUCUACUUCAUCUCCUUCCUGCUGAUCGUGGCCUUCUUCGUGCUCAACAUGUUUGUGGGAGUAGUGGUGGAGAACUUCCACAAGUGUCGGCGCCAUCAGGAGGCUGAGGAGGCCAAACGCAGGGAGGAGAAGAGACUGAAACGCAUGGAGAAAAAGAGACGGAGUAAGGAGAAGGAGCUGGCUGCUCAGAGUAAGCCCUACUACUCAGACUACUCCCCUACCCGUCUGCUCAUCCACAAGAUGUGCACGAGCCACUACCUUGACCUGUUCAUCACCAUUGUCAUAGGACUCAACGUCAUCACCAUGGCCAUGGAGCACUACCAACAACCCAAGGAGUUGGAUGAGGCGCUGAAGAUCUGUAAUUAUAUCUUCACCCUCAUCUUCGUCCUGGAGUCUGUCUUCAAGCUCGUGGCCUUUGGCUUCCGGCGUUUCUUCAAGGACAGGUGGAAUCAGCUGGACCUGGCCAUCGUUCUGCUGUCCAUCAUGGGCAUCACGCUGGAGGAGAUUGAGGUCAACGCUUCCUUGCCCAUCAACCCUACCAUCAUCCGAAUUAUGAGAGUGCUGAGGAUAGCACGAGUGUUGAAGCUGUUGAAGAUGGCGGUUGGGAUGAGAGCUUUACUGGACACCGUUAUGCAAGCCCUGCCCCAGGUGGGGAAUCUGGGCCUUCUCUUCAUGCUGCUCUUCUUUAUCUUUGCAGCCCUGGGAGUGGAGCUGUUUGGUGACUUGAUUUGUGAUGAGCUCCACCAGUGUGAGGGUUUGGGCCGCUAUGCAACGUUCAAAAACUUUGGCAUGGCAUUUCUGCUGCUGUUCAGAGUUUCAACGGGGGACAACUGGAACGGCAUAAUGAAGGACACUUUGAGGGACUGUGCCCAUGACACUAGCACCUGCUACAACACUGUGGUCUCUCCCAUCUACUUUGUCUCCUUCGUCUUGACCGCUCAGUUUGUCCUGGUCAACGUCGUCAUCGCUGUCUUAAUGAAACACCUAGAGGAGAGCAACAAGGAAGCCAAAGAGGAGGCGGAGCUAGAGGCGGAGCUGGAGUUGGAGCUCCACCCGGACGGAAGAGAUGGAGCGAGGUCGCCCCAGCUCAACCCUCUGGCCCUGGGAAUGGACAGGAGUAGCUCAGGGGGCUCCCCCUGGAGGUCUGGAGGAGGAGACAGGGAGCGGGAGAGGCCAAGUCCGGUGGACUCUCCUCCUGCAGAUAUACCCACAGACUCAGUACACAUUAGGGCAGAUCCCCCUCCCUGCCUGGAUCCACCAUUUGAGCGGAGGGCAAUGUUUGACUCGGUCUCCCUGGUGAUCCAGGGCUCCAUGGAGGGGGAGCUGAGUCUGAUGGACAACCUGUCUGGCUCCAUCUGCCACUACUACGCCUUGCCCCCUCAGUCCAGCAAGCAUGGCACCGACAAGAAGAUCCCUCUAGCGGAGAUGGACGCGCUGUCUCUGGGCUCUGAGAAAUCCUGGUCCCUAGCUCUCGCCGACGACUCGCCUCCCGACGAGUCUAACCCCCUCUUUCUAACCAGUUUGGACCGCAACACGGAGCAGCUUGAUCCUGGGGAGCCACUGGAGGACAACCUGCUGAGUGUCAGGAAGUCCGCUGUGGGCCGCACACACUCCCUGCCAAAUGACAGCUACAUGUUCCUCCCAGUGCAGCCCUGUGGGCUACCAGCCCUGGCUCCGGCACAGGCCCGGGGGCCCCAGCACAUAGACGGGUGCCAAAGGGGCCAGUCAGGCUCCCGUAGCUCUGUUCGUUCCCAGCCAGAGGAUUGUUCCCAGCAGCUGACUGUUCCUACGGACCUCUUCAGACCCAUCAGCCCUCACAGCCACUCAGACUCCGAGGGUAUACCACGCCUGCCCCUGCCCCGACGUACUCAUACACUCAGCCGCACGCUCCGCAGACAGGUUGCAGUGUCUACUGAUUCUCAGGAGGCCCUGUGUACAGAUGAGGGGGAGAGCGAUGGGGGUCUCCUGAACGUAGCCUCUCUGGGCAUCCCCCACUCCUCUUCUGCCUCCUCCUCUUCCUCCUCUUCUCCUUCCACCCGCUUCCAUCAGCAGCAGCAGCAGCAGCAGCAGCCCUCCCUCCGCCUCCUCCCUGCGACCCCGGGCGCAUCCCCUGAACCCACAUGCCCCAGCAGCGUGCACACACAGCAUCCCCACCGUGAGCACUACUGCCUCAUCUCCUACUUGCCUUCCUCUGCCUCCCCCCACUCCUCCCCCCCCUCUCUCUCCUCACCCCCUCCCCUCCCACCGGCCAGAUCACACAGGCAGGAGGAGGCCUCGGUGGACCGGGAGGUGUCCCUCAUCACCCGGGCAGGCCUGGCUGACAGCGAUGACAUCAUCAGGGCUGGUGGGGAACCACAGGAUGGAGGCACACAGGGUUACCAUGGUUAUGAGGUCUGCUGCGACAGACGGAGCCCGUGCCUGAGGCAGCUCAAGAGGUUCCACAGCGCAGACACACAGGGGCGCAGCACCCUCCUGCCCCGGCCACUCCCUUCCAACUGGCUGGACGACCCGCGGCGCCACACGGUCGAAGUGUGCUCCUCGGUGGAGCCCAGCCCCCAGUGCAGCACCACCUCCACCUCCUCCGGCUUUGUGUCGAGGGCGGACAGCCUGCAGAUCCAAGGCCAGGCCUCCACCCAGACCAGCCUACCCUCGCCCCGACGCAAGAAGAAAAUGAGCCCUCCUUGCAUCUCUGUGGACCCCCCCGAUGGACUGGAGGUCCAGUCUGGCCUUCACACAGCCUUUGAGGGGCUUGGGAAUGCGAUGCUUGGAGGACUGGGGGGACUGGGGAUGCCCCCUCCGCUGCCCAGCCGGGACACCUGCCUGAGGAGGAGAGCCCCCUCCAGCGACUCCAAGGACUCCUUUGAUCUGGGGGUUGGAGAGGGGCCGGGGCAGGACGGGGGAUCCCCAAACCCCAACACCAACCCCAAGCUAUUGACUCUUCCCAGUUUCUCCUUUGAGAAGACGAGCUCUGAGCACUGAACACUGACGCGCACACCGUUCACACAGAUACGCACACACAGACGCACACAUGGACCUGUACACGCGCGCGCACCACGAAGCUGGACGAACGAGACCUCUGCCUAAACACACAUGCAACCGACCCCACACAGUCGCACACAUUCAAACGCACGAUGCACUCGGUGUAUCUGUGAUGGUGAUAGUCCUAGUAAUAAAGCUGUAGAGAGUAAUAAUGGUAAACCUACAACAAGCGGUAAAAACAAGCUCGGUUUCAUAAAGCAGUGCAGUACUGUAGUUGUGUGACCGUCCCUUGUCUUUGUAUUGUUACUGCCACAAUGAAAUGGACAUGAGAAGGACACGGCGACCCGAAGGCGAAACAAGACCGCCCGCGAUCAUGACUGUUCCUCUUCAACUGUGCCUGCAUGCCACCGGCUGCAGGCCGACUCCGAGACCUCCGAGACGAUGUCGGCACCGGGGAUUUAUGGGUGGUGCCUCCUGGGGCCACCAUUGGUACUGCCUGGUGUUGUACAGAGUGGACUCGGCCCACUCCAAAGGGCAUCAGUAGAGGUACAAAGCAAUAUGAACGUUUUAGAGACACUAUUUUCUUAAAUUAUUGGGCCAUAGUGUUUGUACAGGAUAUAGAAGUUGUUUUUUUUAUUUCAUUAUAUUUUUAUUUUGGUGUCUUUUGUGAAUUUGUGUUUUUUUUUCAGUUUGUUCGAAAUGUUUUGUUUUUGUCAUUUUUUUUCACUGUAGGAUAUUUCUAGCUUUCUUGAUUUACUGAAAGUGAACAUUUUUCAAAGUGCUGAGAACCAUGUAUUUGUAGGAAUAAUAUAUAAAUAUAUAAAUAUAUAAAUAUAUAUAUAUAUAUAAAAAACAAGUCAUUAAACUGAGCUUGGAUUUUUAAGCACAAGCAUUAAACCAUGGUGGUUUGAUUGUUACAAGAAAAGUGGAGAGGUUUGUGUGUUGUGGACUGCAUACUUGACAGUUGUGUGACAUGCAGCUCUGCAGGCUGUACAUCCAGGAGGAGAAAAAAAAAAACCAAAAAAAAAA